CUUUAUAUUUACACGUUGUAUUUUCUCUACAGUAAAAACCGAUGACACGCUUUUAUACCCGACCACAAGCAAUCUUUAUGCAAAACCGUAAUGGUUUAUUACCUUUAUCUGUAAAAAAAAAUAAGCAAAUAAAAAUUGCCAGUGUGAUGUGCAGCAUGCAAGAGGUGAAAGUCUGCUAAUGAAACUGAAUCUCUGUGUGAAAAGGCUGUCGGAUAAAUAAUGCAUCGUAUUCUCUCCCUUACGCAGCCUUCACAGUCGCAUAUGUUAGCCACAAGCAAUCAAUCUGAAUGAACGGUUGCCAAAUUACACAUUGUUACAAUUCCUUAGUUUUUUCCCCAACAAGAUGUGGCCAGCCGUUUGUACUACACAUACAAGACAGCACGAGCACCUGAGCACCUCCCCGAGUGAAGAUUACACGGAUUCGGGCUAUGAUUUGCGUUGAUUGAUCGGGCAAAUGACCAAUCAGCGUUCAGAAACUGGACAGGGUGUGACGUCAUGUUUCGAAUGGACCAAUCAUCGCAAUGAAUCGGAGGCAGCGUUAACUAACUACAUGAACCAAGUGUUUGUCCGUCAGCGAUACACCUAAUCUCAGCACCAGGUCGCUGUCCACUGACACAGAGAGAGGUAAAGAUGUCUCAGGUGAAGCAGGUUGGCCUGUUGGCUGCUGGAUGCCAGCCCUGGAACAAAGACGUGUGUGCUGCCAGUGGGGACAGGUUUGCGUAUUGUGCCACACUUGCCAUAUAUGUGUACCAACUUGAUCACAGAUAUAAUGAGUUUAAGCUGCGAGCAAUCAUGUCUGAACACAAGAAGACAAUCACAGCUAUAUCAUGGUGUCCACACAACCCUGAAGUGUUUGCCAGUGCUAGCGCUGAUAACCUGCUCAUCAUCUGGAACGUAGCUGAGCAAAAGGCAGUUACACGGCUUGACAACACCAAAGGUAUUCCAGCUUCUCUAAGCUGGUGCUGGAAUGCAGGUGACAGCGUUGCGUUUGUAUCCCACCGGGGUCCUUUGUAUAUAUGGACCAUCUCUGGGCCAGACUCAGGAGUCACAGUGCACAAGGAGGCUCACAGUUUCCUCUCGGAUAUCUGCCUAUUCCGCUGGCAUCCACUGAAGAAGGGAAAAGUAGUAUUUGGACACACUGAUGGCAGUCUGUCCAUCUUUCAGCCAGGCUCAAAGAAUCAGAAGCAUGUACUGCGUCCCGAGUCGUUAGAAGGCACAGAUGAAGAGGACCCCGUCACAGCUCUAGAGUGGGACCCUCUCAGCACAGACUACCUGCUGGUGGCCAACAUGCACAAUGGCAUCAGACUGCUGGACUCUGAAUCUCUUUCCUGCAUCACAACCUUUAGUUUCCCCAGUGCUGCUGCCUCUGUGCAAUGCCUGGCCUGGGUGCCCAGUGCCCCUGGCAUGUUUAUCACAGGGGAUUCUCAAGUUGGCGUGCUGAGAAUAUGGAACGUAUCAAGAGCGACACCUCUGGAUAACUUCAAACUGAAGAAAACCGGCUUCCAUGCACUUCAUGUUUUAAAUUCCCCACCAGCAAAGAAAUCCUUUAGCACGAAUUCCCCUUCCAAGAAUCACUACACCUCCUCCACUAGUGAGGCUGUGCCUCCACCUACUCUUUCACAGAACCAGGCCUUCUCCCUCCCACCCGGCCACGCUGUCUGCUGUUUCAUGGAUGGGGGGGUUGGAUUGUAUGAUAUGGGCACCAAAAAGUGGGACUUCCUGCGGGAUCUGGGUCAUGUUGAAACUAUCUUCGACUGCAAAUUCAAGCCAGAUGAUCCAAACCUUCUAGCUACAGCUUCAUUUGAUGGGACGAUAAAAGUCUGGGAUAUAAACACAUUAACUGCUGUGUACACGUCUCCGGGCAAUGAGGGAGUGGUUUAUUCUCUAUCAUGGGCCCCUGGAGAUUUGAACUGCAUAGCAGGAGCCACAUCAAGGAAUGGCGCCUUCAUUUGGGAUGUGAAAAAGGGAAAAAUGAUCACAAGAUUUAAUGAGCAUGGGAAGAAUGGUAUUUUUUGUGUUGCUUGGAGCCAUAAAGAUUCCAAAAGAAUAGCCACAUGCAGUGGAGAUGGAUUUUGCAUAAUUCGAACCCUUGAUGGCAAAGUGUUGCACAAAUAUAAACAUCCAGCAGCAGUGUUUGGCUGUGACUGGAGUCAAAAUAACAAAGAUAUGAUUGCCACUGGCUGUGAAGACAAGAAUGUUCGAGUCUAUUACUUGGCCACCAGUUCAGACCAGCCACUAAAAGUCUUUACAGGCCACACGGCCAAAGUAUUCCAUGUGCGUUGGUCACCUCUCAGAGAGGGCAUACUGUGCAGCGGCUCAGAUGAUGGGACUGUUCGUAUCUGGGAUUACACCCAAGAUGCCUGCAUUAACGUGCUGAGUGGCCAUACCGCUCCAGUGCGGGGUCUCAUGUGGAACACAGAGGUGCCAUACCUUUUGACCUCAGGGAGCUGGGACUACACCAUCCGCGUCUGGGACACCAGAGACGGCACCUGUCUAGACACUGUGUAUGACCAUGGAGCUGAUGUCUAUGGUCUGACAUGUCACCCCAGCCGUCCGUUCACCAUGGCUUCCUGCUCCAGAGACUCUACGGUCAGACUUUGGUCACUCACUCCUCUAAUUGCUCCCUUAGUGGUCAACAUCCUUACUGACCACAGCUGGGAUGACAUCAUUGGCAACACAGAUCGUGCUAUGGUCCCUGGAGCUCCUCCUCUCCUGUGUGGAAAAAUUUCCAAAGAUAUCAAACAGGAGCUGGAUAAACUCUCUAGUGACGUGCGCAUGAAGAAGCUCCGAUGGUUCUCCGAGUGUUUCUCACCACCUGGUGGGAGUCAUAACCUUUGGGAUCUGGUUGCUGUAAUCAACGGACAGGAUGAUAGUCUUCUUCCACAGAACUAUGGACAAGGCAUAAUGCACAUGAAACAUCUGGUCCGCUUCAAAACUUCUGAAGCACAAGAGCUGACUAUAGUAAAGAUGUCAAAGUUUGGGGGUGGUAUCGGAGCGCCUAGUAAAGAGGAAAGGCUCAAGAAUGCAGCAGAAAUCCAUAUCAGACUGGGUCAAAUCCAGAGAUACUGUGAGCUUAUGGUGGAACUGGGAGAGUGGGAGAAGGCUCUUUCCGUGGCCCCCGGUGUCUCCAUGAAAUACUGGAAAAAGCUCAUGCAAAGGAGAGCAGACCAGCUUAUGCAAGAAGGCAAUGAUGAUGUCAUCCCGUACUGCAUCGCCACUGGUGAGGUGAAAAAGCUGGUGAAUUUCUUCACCUCUAGAGGUCAGCUGAAAGAAGCUGUGCUGGUGGCUCAGGGUGCUUGUGAAGGCAAUAUCCAUGGUCCUCAGAUCACAUCAAUAAACCAUGCUGCAAACUCAGACAAUGACAACAUAGAAAAAUACUGCGGGAUGUUGCACAGAGUGUGUAAAGAGCUGGCGGAGUGGUAUUUCCAAGAUGGCCGUGCUGUGUUGGCAGCUUGCUGUCAUCUAGCUGUAGACAAUGCAGAACUGGCUAUGGCAUCUCUGAUCAGAGGCAAUGAGCUGGAGCUGGCGUGUGUGGGCACAGUCCUGGGAGAAUCAGCCAGUAAAGCCACCCACUACGUUCUGGAGCUCUUGGCCAGGAAAUAUAUGACCACUGCCACCUGCUUUCCAUCUGUGGCAUACAGGGAUCUUGCAGCCAGAUUACUCCAGAUGAUCCCUGAUAACGAGAUCUUGUUAGCCAAACUGUGUGCCUUCUACCCUGGCAGCUCAGCCGAAAUCAAUGACCUGCACGAAAAGUGUGUUCUACCGACUUUAGAGGAAUGUAAAGAACUUGCUGAAAGUGCACAUGCUGAGGGAGAAAUCUUCCAAGUAGUAAAGUAUUACCUCCUGAGCCCAGAACCAGAAAAAGCUCUUCCCAUUGGGAUCACAUAUGUCAAAGAGCUGCUGAGCUCUCCUGACUGGACGGUGGACUCUGUGUACCACAUUCUAGACCUGCUGAGCUACAUCAGAACAGACCGUCUUAUUCUUCCAAAGUGUAGUGAAGAACGCAAUGAGUUGCUUAUUCUCUGUGGGUAUAUUGGUGCACUAUUAGCCAUUGGGAGACAGUAUUCAAGUAUUGUGCCAGCACUGUAUGAAUACACAAGUCAGCUGCUGAAGAGGAGAGAGGUGGCUGUGCCAUUGCAGAUAGAGCAGCUGUCUGUAGAGUUGGAGGCCUGGAGAGCCUGCACAUAUUCCCUCAAAGUGGCAGAUGAUGCACUGUACAAUCCACCAUCUGAGGCCCAGAAAAGGGAGUACAGCCAGCUGUUGAGUCGGAUGAGUGAAGAGCCUAUCAAGGGCCUAGAGGGUCCCGACUAUGUCACUGGCUCCAACUUGCCCAGCCACUCUGAUGUCCAGAUUUCCUGCUUCACUGGCCUCAGGAUACAGGGUCCAGCAUUCUUCCUGGAAGAUGGCAAAUCAGCCAUUUCACUAAACGAUGCCCUGAUGUGGGCGAAAGUAAACCCUUUCUCUCCGUUGGGGACAGGAAUACGCCUCAACCCCUUCUGAGCACAAAUACAACAAAUGUGAUCAGUAUUCUUGUUGGUCUGGCUCUGGAAAGGCCACAAGGCACCCAUUUUCUCUCCGAAAGCUUGAUGUAUGUCAUAAACAAAAGAAAGUCAAAUUGUGUUCAAAUCAACAUUAUUUGAGUCUUUGCCGUUCCAUGCUGUGCUUACUUCAUUCAGGAUUGCAGCUUAUAUGCAAAGAAUCAGCAAAAUCAAGAGUGCUGCUGUAUGAACUUACAUUACACAAGGAAAACAGCACAAAUGCGAUGAUAUUUCAUUUAUACAACAGUUCAGUAAACAAGAAAUCAGUAUAAAGUAAUGUAAGUUAUUUUGUUUCAAAAGAAGGCAAAUGCAUUUUGACAAGCAACAAGUGACUGAUGCACUAACAUAGGCAAGCAGAGGGAUAUGAACAAUACAUAUCUUCUCUUCACGUACAAGAACAUGUUAAUUUGAUGCAGGCCAAUCAAAUUAGAGCACCACAACUAACUGUUGUAUAAAGAGAGAUUUAUGCUGGAUACAGUAAUGAAUGUUACAUAUGAAGCAGGAUAUUUAAUGCCUUUCUUUCUCAUCUUAAAACAUAAGCGGGUUCUGGGAUUCGGGUUUAGGUGUCACAUUCAGGUCUUAGGGUUGAGAUCUGUAGCCCAAAGAUUGUAAUUCUAGGUGGUACUGUCAUCAGAUAUUAUGGAGUAUGAGCAUUUUCAUCAAGCAGCCUGAAUGUUUAGAAGAUCUAGACAUCUUUUAAUUCAAGACUUACAGGGUAUUCAUCUGUACAUUUUUUGUUUGUGUAUUUGAUUUCAUAAGAGAGACAUGCUAGUUUUGCUGCUUUGACAUUGAAAUGGUUCGCCUUGUCUGUUUUAUAUGAUAUAUUUACUGACUAGUGAAUAUACACCUUAUUUUAGUGGAACCAAAUACUAGAAAUGAAACCUCAUAUUGUAACAAUCACUAUUUAAUGUUACUUCAUUUAAUUCAGUAACUAUUAUGAAUGGGUAUAGAGAGCGGGUCUGGGCCCAGAUGUGUAAUAUUUAUAUUCAUAAAGUAUGGCAACACUAUUUACAAAGAGUUAAUAGGACAUUAAGUCUUACUGUUGCAUUCAAAAUAUGUCUAGAUGAACUUAGGCAAUAAGUUUGAGAAACUGCACAUAUAGAGUGAGGAAGCAUAUUUCUGCUUAUACAUAGCUAUAUGUUUGGAGUGCAUUUCUGAAGUUAGGAAAUAAAAGACAAAAAGUGUCAUUUGUAUUGGUAAAAUCAUCAGUUGCAAUGGCCGUCAUACAUAGUUUUGUUUAUAAAAUGGUUUGGAGGAAUUAUUUUAUGAAAUUCUGGUUUUAUGUUAAAGAAAAUACAGAUACAGAGACUAUUUUCAUCAAACUGCACUGUGAAAUGUAUUUAUUUGUAUAUAGUUCUAGAAUUUAGAAUGUCUGAACUCUAAGCUCUAAUGGGUGUACAUAGCAUAUUCAUAUGAUAAUUGUUAAUACACAAAGAGGACAGUUACAUGUCAUAUAUUGAUCCUAAAGUAGAGUUAAAAUUGGAUUAAGCCAGGACGGAUCCAAAUUCUGCAUGCUUCAAGUGUCUCAUCUGUUUAUUUUGUCUGAUCAUAAACGUGCAAGGCGAGAUAGAAGAACAGGCAAGACUGUGUUAAUGAUAAUUACCUUCUUUUUUGUGACUAUGAUUUGAUAAUUACUAUUAAAAAGAUGAAGUGUACAAGAAAUCUCA